AUAUUCUUUAGCACCCUGUAGUUUAAUGGAGCUCCCUUUUUGAAAGGAAGGACGUUGGGUCAGACACUUCAGCUUCCUUACAGGGCUGAGCACCGAAUGCCUGGAGGCGUCCUAUCAAUUAUCUGUAACAUCUUUUUAUAGCAAGAUUUGCUCAUUAGGCUCCCCCACUCGAGCCAAAGCCAGAGCUUCUGGUGGGGGAGGGGCCACUCCUCGAGGUUCAAGGAUACUGUCGUAACAAAGAAAGAAGGAUUCCGGUCCUGCGAGCGCGAGCGUGACCUUAGCCCGCUUGAUAUGCACAUGACAGGAGGGACACCUCACAGCAGGGCUCAACAUCUAACCCUUUGGCGGGUCCUUCUCGGGCGACUUGAUGCUGAGGCGCUUCCGAUGUGUAUGUGCGCGGGCAGCAGCAAGAAGUACCUGCCCAAAGAGGAGGUCGUCGAAGUUCCUGAUUUCCGAUACAUUCCGGAGCCGCAGCUCAGCGAACUUGUUGCCUACAUGCGUCAGAGGCGGGAGCACCUUGUGUACCACAAUACAACUGCUGACGUCCGUGCUGAGAUUAUCCGCAAUGUGACUGAGCAUACGCAACCUGUGGACCAGUACCCCAAGGGCCGCCAGUUCUUGAGCGACGAGGAGUAUAUGAGCAUUCUCCGCGACUUGCUCAACCUGUCCAACAUCCUUGACGACAUGGAGCAGACCGGCAUUGUGUCGUACACCAAUCGGACACAGUACUACGCGUUGUAUAGUAAGCUUUACCGCAUGCUAAUUGCCAAGGCGAAGCAGUAAAGUAUAAUGUGGUGGUUUCGCGUGUGCGUGGGAACUGGGGGGAG